GGGAAGGGGCGGGGCCGGCGGGGUGAUGGCUCCGGUUGUCGCCGCCGCCACCGCCUCACCAGCAGGAACCGAAGUCGCCGCCGCCGUCGUCCGGGUCGCCGGCCGCCCGCGCGCCGCCUCGGCCGGGGCCCGCAGCCAUGGAGGAUUUCAUCGUGAUCUCGGACGACAGCGGCUCCGAGAGCUCCGGGGGGGCCCGCUCGGGCAGGGCGCGGAGGCUCCGCCGGGCCCUGUCCCGAACCCCCGGCGCUCUGCCCCGCCGGACCGUGGACUUCAUUGACUUAACCAGAGAAACCAGACCAAGGGCAAAGGAUCGCAAUGGACUCUGUGUGAUUGACCUGACAAGAACUGAAGAAGAAAAUAGACCUAUUGCCACUCUUGACUUGACCCUAGAACCUAUUGCUCCUUCCCAGAAGGAGCCAGCCAGUCUUCAGACAUGUGCCAGCCUCUCCAGCAAAGAGGUGAUGGAAGGGCGGGUAGACAGAAGCUCUCGGCCUGCAGCACGGAGAAUCAUUAACAGCGAUCCCGUGGAUUUGGACCUUUUGGAAGAAACUGCAUUUGAAGGUCCACAACCUCCUACAUCCGUCAGUGGGGACUCUAUUUAUGCAGCAGAGCCAAAUUGCAGCUCAACUGCAUUCAAAGGUGACCUUGGCUUCUUGGCAAGCCUACAGCUAUCUUCAGAUGUUCACUCCCAUUCCCCAACAAGCAAUAAUGGUAGCAGCAGCAAUCAGAGGGCACCCUUGUCAACCCCACAGCAAGAUGUGCCUUGCCCACCACAAGCCUUGCCAUGCCCACUGCGAGCCUUGCCAUGCCCACUGCGAGCCUCACCCUGUCCACCACGAGCCUCCUCGUGCCCACCACGAGCCUUGUCAUGCCCACCAAAAACCAUGCAGUGCCAACUACAAGCUUUGCCUCACCCGCCUCAAGAAGUUCCGUGCCCUCCUCAAGAGACGCCAUGCCCUCAGCAGAAUGUGCCAAGCCCACCUCAAGACUCAUCGUGGCGACCUCAGUACUCACCCAGCCCACCUCAAGACUCACUGUGCCCACCUCAAGACUCUCUGGGCCUACCUCAAGAUGUACCAGGCCCACCUCAAAACAUAUCAUAUCCACAAGAUGCGGCACACUUACGGGAUAUGCCACAGUCACUGGGAGAUGUGGCACAGUCAUCAAGAGACACACCACAGUCACCAGAAGACGUGCCACGGUCACCAAGACAUGUGCCACAGUCACCAGUAAGCAUGUCACAGUCACCAUCAGACAUGCCACAGUCACCAGCAGAUGCGCCACAGUCACCAGAAAGCGUGCCACGUUCGCCUGGAGAAGUCCCACACUUCCCAGGAGAUAUGUUCCGUUCAGCUGGAGACAUGCCUUGCUUGCCAGGAGACAUGCUACACUCACUUGGAGAUUUGCCUCACUUACGACAAGACUGGCCUGACCCUCCCCAAAAUGAUACACAGAACCAUGACAUCCCUAUGGAAGUCUCAGCUCCGUCUUCUCCAAGGUCCUCUCCCAGUCCACAGUCUCCACAGUUUGAAACUUCCUUAGAGAAAGUUCCUUGGCUCUCUGCUACAGAAACACCAGCUAGAAAAGAGAGAUCACUGUCAGAGCCUGCUAACCCCGAGUCUGCCCAGGUACAAGCACGAACACCACAAGGUGGGUUAUACAGCAGACCAUGCCUGCAUAGACUGAAGUACUUCUUACGACCUCCAGUGCAUCACCUCUUCUUCCAGACACUAAUACCAGAUAAAGACACAAGAGAGAGUAAAAGUCAAAAAUUAGAACCAAUUCCUCAUCGAAGACUAAGAAUGGUAACAAACACCAUUGAAGAAAAUUUUCCCCUGGGGACUGUGCAGUUUUUGAUGGACUUUGUGUCACCCCAGCAUUACCCACCCAGAGAAAUUGUGGCUCACAUCAUCCAGAAAAUCCUGCUCAGUGGCUCUGAGACCGUGGAUGUACUGAAGGAGGCCUAUAUGCUUCUCAUGAAAAUUCAACAGCUACAUCCAGCUAAUGCCAAGACAGUGGAGUGGGACUGGAAGCUGCUCACUUAUGUCAUGGAGGAAGAGGGGCAAAAUCUGCCUGGGAGAGUCCUUUUUCUGCGUUAUGUGGUACAGACCCUGGAAGAUGACUUCCAGCAGAUCCUGAGGAGGCAACGACAGCACCUGCAGCAGUCCAUUGCAAGCACUGUGCUGUCCUGUGACAAGCAGCCCCACAAUGUCAGGGAUGUUAUCAAGUGGUUGGUCAAAGUAGUGACUGAAGACGGAUUAACUCAACCCACAAAUGGAAAUCAAACCUCUUCAGGAACAGGAAUCUUGAAGGCCACUAGUAGCCAUCCUUCUCCCCAGCCUAACCUGACAAAGAACACCAAUCAGCUGAUUGUGUGUCAGCUGCAAAGGAUGCUGUCUAUAGCCGUAGAGGUAGACAGGACCCCCACCUGCAGCUCCAAUAAAAUUGCUGAGAUGAUGUUUGGAUUUGUGCUGGACAUUCCUGAGAGGAGUCAGAGAGAGAUGUUCUUCACUACGAUGGAGAGCCACCUUCUGCGCUGCAAAGUGUUAGAAAUCAUAUUCCUUCACAGCUGCGAGACUCCCACCCGCCUGCCCUUGUCUCUGGCCCAGGCCCUCUACUUUCUGAACAAUUCCACAUCACUGCUCAAGUGCCAGUCGGAUAAAACCCAGUGGCAGACGUGGGAUGAACUGGUUGAGCAUCUGCAGUUUCUGUUAUCCAGUUAUCAACAUGUUUUAAGAGAGCACUUACGGAGUUCAGUGAUUGAUCGAAAAGACUUAAUCAUCAAAAGGAUUAAGCCCAAGCCCCAGCAGGGGGAUGACAUCACGGUGGUGGACGUGGAGAAGCAGAUCGAGGCCUUCCGCAGCCGCCUGGUCCAGAUGCUGGGGGAGCCGCUCGUGCCGCAGCUCCAAGACAAGGUGCACUUGUUGAAGCUCCUGCUCUUCUAUGCCGCCGACUUGAACCCCGAUGCAGAGCCUCCUCCAAAGAACUGGAGCAGCCCCUGAGGUCCUUCUAAGCACUGAACACCAAGAAUACCUCCCGAACUCUAUCUCCAACUACUUGGAAGUUCUAAAAGUAUCUGAAGUAGUUAAAAAUCUUAGAGGACCAAACCUAUCUAUUUAUCUGUAGGUUAUAACAACUUUCUAACUCUUUAGUAAAUAUCUUUUUUUGAUAUUCUAUCCUAGCCUGUUCUCAAAUAUGGCUUAAAUAUACAAGGUGUAUAUAUUUUUUAAUAAAUUAUUUAUACCUUUUUUGAAA